GCUCGCUUUGUUCCUCCGUCUCCAGCUCCCCUGGCCCCCGCGCGCGUCCUGGCCGCUGCAGCCCGCCGCGGGGGUGCUGGCCACUGCCGCCGCCGCCGCCGCCGCCGCCGCCAUGGUGUCCCCGGUCACUGUGGUGAAGAGUGAGGGACCCAAGCUAGUGCCCUUCCUCAAGGCCACCUGCGUGUAUUUUGUGCUCUGGCUGCCCUCAUCCAGCCCGUCGUGGGUCAGCGCCCUCAUCAAGUGCCUGCCCAUCUUCUGCCUCUGGCUCUUCCUUCUGGCCCAUGGCCUAGGAUUUCUGCUGACCCACCCCAGUGCCACCCGCAUCCUUGUGGGGCUUGUCUUCUCUGCUGUGGGCGAUGCUUUCCUCAUCUGGCAGGACCAGGGCUACUUUGUGCACGGUCUGCUGAUGUUUGCCGUGACCCACGUGUUCUACGCCUCGGCCUUUGGUAUGCGGCCACUGGCCCUUCGGACAGGGCUGGUGAUGGCGAUACUGUCGUGCCUGUGCUAUGGUAUCCUCUACCCAGGCCUCUCGGGUGCCUUCACCUACCUGGUGGGGAUCUACGUGGUCAUUAUCAGCUUCAUGGGCUGGCGGGCUGUGGCGGGGCUGAGGCUGGUCGGAGCAGCCUGGCGCUGGACUGAGCUGGCAGCAGGCAGUGGGGCGCUGCUCUUCAUCAUCUCAGACCUGACCAUCGCCCUCAACAAGUUCUGCUUCCCCGUCCCCUACUCGCGGGCACUCAUCAUGUCCACUUACUACGCCGCCCAGAUGCUCAUCGCCCUGUCAGCUGUGGAGAACCGGGAGCCGGUGGACGAUUACAGACUGAGCAAGGCUGACUGAGGGGCCAGAGCAUGGUCCUUCCUCUCAGCAGCCAGGGCUGAGGCCCAGAACCGUGGACUCUGCAGGACCUGGAUCAGGAUGGUUGUAGUAUUAUCCUGGAGCAGCAGGUACUGCCUGGGACAUGGACACGAUGGAAGGGUCAGCAGUGGGACAAGGCGCUCUUCACCAGCUCUAGCUCAGGUCAUGAGCUAGAGCCAAGAGCUCAAAUGAGCUAGACCAAGGCUCCUUGCUGGAGCCGGAAGUAGACGUUUCCCUGCCUCAGCCCCACUGGGAUUGUCCAUAGACCCUCGAGGGGGUGAUGGUGCUUAGCUUUUUAACUCUCCUGCUCUCCGAAUUUUACCCGAUAGAAGAGUUUGACUUACUCACUUUUCCUGACCUGUGCAGUGUUGAGGGAAGAUGGGAGAAGUUGAUACUGAGAUGUCCCAGGGCUGGAAGCCCUUUCAGAUGCCCAUAGUCGGGAAGGUCGAGAAGCGGGGCUUUUCCCUUUCCUUCAUCAAUCCUUGUUACUUGAACAAUCUCGAUUUCGAAGUGUUGGGUGGAAAGGUAUCUGUCCAGGUAGUUGAUUUUGUUUUUGUGUUUUAAUUUGUUUGGUUUGGGUGCCACACCUGGCGAUGCUUAAGGUUAACUCCUGGCUCAGCACUCAAAAAUUUCUGGCAGUGCUCAGGGGAUCAUUUGGGAUGCUAGGGAUCAAAUCCUGGUUGGCUGCUUGCAAGGCAAGUGCCCCACCCACUGUACUAUCCCUCCAACCCCAAGAGGAGGGCAUUUCUUUGACCUGAGAGCUUGGGUUAUCCAGGAUUCAACUUGGUCCCAUCUCAAAGGCCAGAGCUCAGGCCCCCUACCACCACCCUUAGACUCUGUCGCCCAGGGCUAGGGUGAACUAUGCCAAAGGAAGGGGCCACCUAUGUGUGUGUGUGAUUGUGAGUCCGUGCACAUGUAGUCUGCCUCAGUUUAAUCUUAGUGUGUUUGCCAUAAGUCUCUGCUCUUAUGUCUGUCGAGGUCUUACGGGGAGAGGGCUCGGGGAGUUGCUGACUGGGGUGCUUGAGGCUGGCUCAGGUCGCUGGGACCCACCCUGCCCCCACACUCAGUGCUUUCCUUCCUGCCACCUCCUGCUCUGGGAGCGAGGGGGCAGCGGCAAUGACACUCUAGGGUCAUAAGACCCAAGGCACUUUCAAUGCAAGGGGAACAAGGAGGGGACAAUUCCAUCCUCUACUGUUUUCGAGAAGAAAGAAAUAAAAAACCCAAGGGCCAUUGGCUGCCCUACUUGUC